AUGGAUCUGGGGUCUGGAAGUAGUGAGAGUGAGGGUGAUACCACCUUCCAGCUGUGGCUGCAGCUGUUCCUCUGGGCCCAUCUGGCUGUCCGUUUCCUGGGUUACCUGUGCUACACUUUCUGGGGACUAAAGCCUCAGUCAGCACCCUGA